GAGAGAUUCCCUCCUCGGCCUGGGCCAAAACUAUAACCGAACCGGGACCAAAACCCCGAUAGAGAAUCGAAUCGAAUCUAAUUGAAUCGCCGUGAGAAAGACAAACUGUUGACCGGUUCAGAGUGUUUCCCAAAAAACCAAAUGAAGUGGUGGAAGGCAGAAAGACAGUCCCCAGAGCAGCCCCAGAUUGGUUUCGAUCUGCGAUCUACGAUCUGCGACCUACGACCUCCACGAUGCGCCAUCGCCGCCGCCUCAUCCAUCCGUCCAUUCCAAACAAAAUAAAAAAGAAUAUACACAUAAGUCGAUCAGAAUCGAACCCAAUCCAAAAAACACACGAAACCAAAAUCAGAAAGCAAACGAUGACGAUGACGAUGGACGAUGAUGAGCUGCCCGGGUCAAAAGGCCAGCCCACGUAAGAAGAUUCAAGACGUAGGCUGGCCUCUUGCGUGUUAGCCAUUGUGAGUGUGAGAGGGCGUAAAUCGAUACAAUCGAGUGUGGUUAGAGAUGAGAAGCUUGCGUUCGCUAAUUCUGAGAUGAUGUGAUGAUGGUCGUGGCGACGAUGAGAUGAGAGAUGAGCAUGUGACGAUGAUCGAUCGAUGAUGAUGACGAUACGAUGCUGGUCGCGCGUUCAGUUGCCAACUUCGGCUAGUGCCUCCGAACUUAGUCCUUCCCCCCAAUUCCCGGUUCUUCUGGCUUACGGCUCCCGGCUUCCGGCACCCGGCUUCCGUCUCCGGCUGAGACUACCGACUAGACAACCAACCCAUUGGAGCAGCGAGAGCAGCGUCCCGAAACGUAUUUCUUAUUUUUACAGUUCGUUUGUGCGUGAGGCGCCGAAGCCGCUGGUUGUUGUCCGCCCGCUGCCCGGCAAACUGCUCCAAAUGCUCCACUCUCUGGCUCUCUGGUGCGGUGGUUCUGGCCAGCGAUGUCUGCUCUGAUCUGAUCUGACCUCCUGACUGUAUCCGGUGGUGUGGCUCCCUCUGAAACGAAACGAAUACCGCAUACCGCUAUCGCUACCGCAACACUUGAAUACCUUUUUUGCCAUUUAUAAUAUGAUUCUGUUGUACAUGAAAACCAAGAGAAAAAAAAAAAAGCAUAACAAACCAAACAAAACAAUACAAAAACCUAAGUAACGAAACGUAACGAGGUCUGGCCGGCCAUCCAUCUGCUCAUCCGCCCGCCUGGCCACUGGUUCACUACUGGCUGCCUGGUCGAGUUAACGAUGUUCGAUCGGACUUUCGAUGAGGUCAUGAGGUGUCCUUGGUGUCCUUGGCCCACAGUUACUAGGCAGACAAUCUAAACUCUCGGUGUAGAAACGAUGUGUGUGUCCUCCUCUCUCUGAAAGCGCAUUAAGAUCUGAAGGAUUACAUGCGCCAGGCUGGCGAGGUCACCUAUGCCGAUGCCCACAAGCAGCGCCGCAAUGAAGGCGUGGUUGAGUUUGCCUCGUUGUCGGACAUGAAGACGGCCAUCGAGAAGUUGGAUGACACUGAGCUGAAUGGCCGGCGCAUCCAUCUGGUCGAAGAUCGCCGUGGAGGACGCAGCGGUGGUGGUGGCGGCGGCGGACGUGGACGCUCCCGUUCGUCCAGCUCUCGUUCGCGCUCUCGCUCCCGCAGGCGUUCCCGCUCCCGCCGCUCGUCGCACUCGCGCUCCAAGUCUCGCAGCCGCUCCAAGUCCCGUGGCGGACGCUCCAAGUCCAAGUCGCCGGUCAAGUCGCGUUCUCGUUCCCGCUCGCGCUCCAACAAAUCGCGUGAUGUGUCCAAGUCCAAGUCGAAGUCCCACUCCCGCACCCGCUCCCGUUCUCCCAAGCGCGAGCGCGACUCCCGUUCCCGCUCCCGUUCCGUCUCUAAGCGCGAGUCCCGCUCCCGCUCACGUUCCAAGUCCAACCGCCGCGACUCCCGCUCACGCGAUCGAUCCGCAUCGGCUGACAACAAGUCGCGUUCCCGCUCGCGCUCCCGUUCGGCCUCGCCCAAAAAUGGAAACGCCUCGCCGGACCGCAAUAACGAGAGCAUGGACGAUUAGAUUAGUUAGCUGUCCCAUUAAUUUUAAAACACUUGAUUUUAGACUUCUACUAUAACUAUUCUACGAACAUCAACACUCAGACACCCCCCUAUUUACCCUGCGUCACUAAAACCAAAACAAAUGAAAAUGAAAUCAUAUACAAAUCCACAACAAUCGGGCCUCGUCAUUUUUUGGUAUCCUGGAGAAUCCCACUUGCAGGUGGGCCAUAGGCUGGAAAAUGACUGGGACCUGUUGGAUUAAUUGGAUUCCAGGGAGUACACUUUGGACACGGAUCAUGUGACAUGUACACCACACAAGAACACUUAAAAUUGUCUAUACGAUGAGUAAUUUCAAUAAAUACGGAUACAUUUAAACUUAA